AUGGCUUUUAAAGACUGCUUAAUUUCUAAAUCUCAAAAGUGGAAGUCAGGACUAAUAGUCUUGGCCUGGAAAAAGGACAUGGCACUGGCAGCUAAUGCAGGUACCGGAUUUGCCGUUGCAGAGCCGCAGGUUGCCAUGUUUUGCGGCAAGCUCAACAUGCACAUUAAUAUCCAGACUGGCCGCUGGGAGCCGGACCCUUCUGGAUCCAAAACCUGCGUCGGAACCAAAGAAGGAGUGCUGCAAUUCUGUCAAGAGAUGUAUCCUGAGCUGCAAAUCGCAAAUGUGGUGGAAGCCAACCAGCCAGUCAAGAUCGAGAACUGGUGCAAGAAGGACAAGAAACAGUGCCAGGGCCACGCUCACAUCGUGGUCCCCUACAAGUGCUUGGGUGAGUGGUGUGUGAUUGACAGCUCUGUUGUCCUUUUAAACAGCCAAUUAUCCAGAAUGUCCCGUGGGGUUAAAGAUGCCAUUGUUGAAGUGAGACAUCUGAGAAGCCAGAACAGCAGUUCAAAGUGACAGGCGAAGACAUUAAA